UUAUCAAUAAUAAACUACUUUCCAAUUCACAUUUUUCAGUCAUGAACUCUAACCUCGAAAAUACCGGCUAGCCGUAGAACUCUAAACAAGAUGAUGAAAACUUGGCGUGACAAUCAUCGCGUGAGAUCCAAGCAUGCUCAUCAAUGGAAUCGAACAAUGAAUGAAGAGCACGAAACCAUUCUCAUUUCACCAAUCUUUACUCUCUCAUUAACAUGUCUCAACCUAAGCUUGCAAGACUUCCCAGUAUCAGAGACCGAGUAGAGGGAACCCUCUCCGCUCAUCGUAACGAACUCGUUUCUCUCCUCUCCAGAUAUGUUGAUCAGGGGAAAGGGAUUCUGCAACCCCAUAAUUUGAUUGAUGAGUUGGAAAGUAUCCAUGGUGAGGGUCAGGCUACCGAGGAUCUCAAAAAUGGACCCUUUGGUGAAAUCGUCAAGUCCGCCCAGGAAGCCAUAGUUUUGCCUCCUUUUGUGGCAAUAGCAGUUCGUCCACGACCUGGUAUUUGGGAAUAUGUCCGUGUGCAUGUUUUUGAACUUAGCGUGGAGCAAUUAAGUGUUGCAGAAUAUCUCCGUUUCAAAGAAGAACUUGUAGAUGGAACGGAUAGUGACUGUUUUAUAUUAGAGCUUGAUUUUGAGCCAUUUAAUGCCUCAUUUCCCCGGCCAACUCGCUCGUCGUCUAUUGGCAAUGGUGUUCAGUUUCUCAAUCGUCACCUUUCUUCAAUUAUGUUUCGAAAAAAGGAUUCAUUGGAACCAUUGCUUGAUUUCCUCCGAGCUCACAAAUAUAAAGGCCAUGGACUGAUGUUAAAUGAUCGUAUACACAGCAUUUCCAAAGUCCAGUCUUCUUUGGCCAAGGCUGAGGAUCAUCUUUCUAGGCUUCCACCUGAUACACCCUAUUCUGAAUUUGAAUAUAUAUUACAAGGAAUGGGUUUUGAGAGAGGUUGGGGUGACACAGCUGAACGAGUUUUGGAGAUGAUGCAUCUGCUGUUGGACCUUCUUCAGGCUCCUGAUCCUUCUACACUGGAAACUUUUCUUGGGAGAGUGCCUAUGAUGUUCAAUGUUGUCAUAUUAUCUCCUCAUGGUUACUUUGGGCAAGCCAAUGUCCUGGGCUUGCCUGACACUGGUGGGCAGGUUGUAUAUAUAUUAGAUCAAGUGCGUGCACUUGAGAACGAGAUGCUCCUUAGGAUCAAGAAACAAGGACUUGAUCUCACACCUAGAAUCCUAAUUGUUACUAGGUUAAUACCUGAUGCAGAGGGGACAACAUGCAACCAGCGACUAGAAAGAGUCUGUGGUACUGAACAUACUCAUAUUUUGCGAGUUCCUUUCAGAUCAGAGAAAGGAAUUCUUCGAAAAUGGAUCUCAAGGUUUGAUGUCUGGCCUUUUCUUGAGACUUUCGCACAGGAUGCUGCUAGUGAAAUUACUGCGGAAUUACAAGGGUACCCUGAUUUCAUCAUUGGAAACUAUAGUGAUGGGAACCUCGUUGCAUCUUUACUAGCUUGUAAAAUGGGAGUUACACAGUGCACCAUUGCCCAUGCACUGGAGUUAACAAAAUAUCCAGAUUCAGGUACUUAUUGGAGGAAGUUUGAUGAUAAAUAUCAUUUUUCAUGUCAGUUCACGGCGGAUCUAAUAGCCAUGAAUAGCGCUGAUUUUAUCAUCACCAGUACAUAUCAAGAGAUUGCAGGAACGAGGAAUACUGUUGGCCAGUAUGAGAGUCACACUGCUUUUACUCUUCCUGGGCUCUACAGGGUUGUUCAUGGCAUUGAUGUUUUUGAUCCUAAGUUCAAUAUUGUCUCUCCCGGAGCAGAUAUGUCAAUAUAUUUCCCCUACUCAGAAAAGCAAAGAAGACUUACAUCACUGCACAGUUCAAUUGAAAAGUUAUUAUACGAUCCUGAGCAGACAGAUGAAUACCUUGGUACACUGAAAGAUCGGUCAAAGCCCAUAAUAUUCUCCAUGGCGAGGCUAGACCGAGUGAAAAACAUUACUGGGUUGGUAGAAAGCUACGGUAAGAACAGCAAACUGAGAGAACUGGUCAACCUUGUUGUAGUAGCUGGUUACAUUGAUGUAAGCAAGUCCAGGGACAGAGAAGAAAUAGCAGAAAUUGAAAAGAUGUAUGAUCUCAUAAAAACAUAUAAAUUAGAUGGUGAUUUUCGAUGGAUUGCUUCCCAAACAAAUAGAGCACGUAACGGUGAGUUGUAUCGCUACAUAGCAGACACAAAAGGUGCUUUCGUUCAGCCUGCCUUCUAUGAAGCUUUUGGGCUUACAGUUGUGGAGGCCAUGACUUGUGGCCUUCCCGCAUUUGCUACUUGCCAUGGUGGCCCAGCUGAGAUUAUCCAGCACGGUAAAUCAGGAUUCAACAUUGAUCCUUAUCGCCCUGAUCAAGCUUCUGACCUGUUGGUUGAAUUCUUCGAACAAUGCAAAGAGGAUCCAAGUCAUUGGAAUAAAAUAUCUGAUGGUGGUCUUCAAAGAAUUUAUGAAAGGUACACAUGGAGGAUUUAUUCUGAAAGGCUCAUGACACUGGCGGGAGUUUAUAGUUUCUGGAAGUACGUCUCCAAAUUAGAUAGGCGUGAAACUCGACGAUAUCUUGAAAUGUUCUAUAUCCUUAAAUACCGUGAUUUGGCCAAGUCUGUUCCGCUGGCAAAGGAUGAUGAAAAUUAACCGAGGGGCACCUCUCGCAGUCAACAAUUAACAGUGUAGUCUGACAAUGUAGAUAUACAAAAUUUCUGCUUUGAGACGGUAAAUAGAUGAAAUUCUGUUUCUGAAUUGUUCCAUGUCUUAUAAUGACUGAUUUCUUCCUAAAUAUCUUGUUCUGCUGAAAUGUAUGAGAGUUUCAGGCAAUCUAGUCUCUAUGUUCAAGACUAGAUUUUGGAUUAAUGAUGGUCAUUUCAGAACCGUUUCUGAGAAAUCGAACUCAAUACCUUAAAGUUACAUUGCUAGUUCUUAAUUAGUUGCUUCACCUCUUCUGUGGCUAUUAGUAAAUUUAUCAAGAGCACCAUAUAUGUAAUAUGUUGAGGUUGAAUUAUAUUUUCUAUUUUUCUUUUCUUCGUUUUUUUCAUAACUACUCAUUUUCUAUUUCUACUAAAUAUAAUCAAUAAAAAAGUAUCAAAAAAAUAUAUAAUAAAAACAAAUAUAUUCAUGUUU